AUGGCUGAUAUUCUUCCAAACCACACUUUGUACGUCAACAAUCUCAACGAAAAGGUGAAAAAAGAUGAGUUGAAGCGAAGUCUUCACGCAAUUUUCACUCAAUUCGGCGAGCUCAUUCAAUUGAUGUCGUUCCGAAAAGAACGAAUGCGUGGACAAGCUCACGUGGUUUUCAAAGAGGUUUCGUCGGCUUCAAAUGCUUUGCGAGCUUUGCAAGGUUUCGCAUUCUAUGGUAAACCGCUUCGUAUUCAAUAUGCUCGAGAGGAUUCAGAUGUCAUUUCGAGAGCCAAGGGAACUUUUGUGGAGAAACGGACUAAAACUAUUACAAGAAGUUCGGUCAAAAAACCACAUGAUAAACCUGUGAGUAUAAUAAUUUGACUAGAAUUCUGUGAACACAGUCAAUUAUUAUCGAAAAUCUCAUCGGUACCACGCGCUCCACCGAAAUAAACACGCAACGCAGACCGCGCCGCGCCACAACACACACAAAAAAGGGAACGAUUCAAAUUCCCUCCUUUUUUGUGUGUGUUGUGGCGCGGCGCGGUCUGCGUUGCGUGUUUAUUUCGGUGGAGCGCGUGGUACCGAUGAGAUUUUCGAUAAUAUUAGUCUAUUAUUGACUUAUUUUGAAUUUUGGCUUAUUAUAGGCUAAUACGGCACAUAUUAUUAGUCAAAAAUCGAUGUAAUUUUCUAAAUCUAGCCCAAAAAGCUGCUUUAUGAUCAAUUUGAAAAUGAGAAAUACGAAAUUACAUUCAUCUAACAAUUCUAGACUUCCAGAGAUCCCUAAACUUUAGUCAAAAAUGAAUCUGAAGUUUAGGGAUCUCUGGAAGUCUAGAAUUGUUAGAUGAAUGUAAUUUCCUAUUUCUCAUUUUCAAAUUGAUUAUAAAGCAGCUUUUUGGGCUGGAUUUAGAAAAUUACAUCGAUUUUUGACUAAUAAUAUGUGCCGUAUAAGCCUAUAAUAAGCCAAAAUUCAAAAUAAGUCAAUAAUAGACUGCCUGUGAACCCUGAUUCACUUAAAAUGUCUUGUUUUCAGAGCUCUUCGUCGAAUAAUGCUGGAGUUUCAAAUAAUGAAUUGGAAGAGGGGCCAGGAUUGCCAAACAAGAUCUUGUUUUGCUCGAAUAUCCCGGAAGAUAUUGAGCAAACCACUCUUGAAGCGGUUUUCAAUCAGUUCCCUGGAGUUCGGGAUAUUCGUGUGAUGCCGAAUAACAAAGGAAUUGCAUUCGUCGAAUUCGACAGCGAAGAUUUAUCGGAACCCGCGAGACAAGCACUCGACAACUUCCGAAUUACACCAGAUCAUCAAAUCAAAGUUAAAUUUGCAAACAAGUGA